UGUGGUGUGUAUGCAUCGUUACAUGCAGUUCAAUGCAGUAUGCUGUGCCAUGCUGUGCGUUACAUGGUGUCGAACGUAUAUGUAUAGUUCAUGAAAUCGGAAACUUUGGUUCGACUAGCGUGAUUUUUAUAGGACACCAAGUCCCAGAAGAUAAUGGCCAAUUCAGACAACGUUAAAGAACAUACUACUGCCAGUGAAGAAAAUAUCCUUUGUGGUGAUGGUAUGAAAGAAUACCUUGAGCCUAGAUUCGAGUGUCCUAUUUGUUUAACUUGGCUGCGCGAUCCAGUUUUAACAUCUUGUGGUCAUAAAUUCUGUUCGCAAUGUAUAUACACUUGGCUUCAAAAAGAAGGUGCUUGUUGUCCAGUUGAUAGUCGACCAUUAAGGUCUGAAAGUGAUCUGUUCAGAGAUUUAUAUACAAGUAGGGAGAUAUCACAAAAACGUACACCUUGUCCUUACCAACAAUUUGGCUGUGAGAUUAAAUUAUCUCCGGUGGAUAUGGAAGUUCAUAUAAGUGAAUGUAUAUAUAAAACAAAUCUUCCAGAUUCACAAAAUAUUUAUUGUCCUUUUAAAAAUGUUGGCUGUACAGAAGCUUUUCAAACAGAAGAUGAUUUGCAUGUUCAUUUAGAAACAAAUAUAAGCCUUCAUUUAACUAUGAUUUUAAAAACAUUAUCACAGUCAUUUUUAGUGCAAAAACAUGAUAAUGCAAUGGCUGCUGAAUCUAAAUUGUGGGACCCACCACCCAAAAGUGCAUCUUUGGCAAAUAAUGAGCCAUCAUUAGAAUGGCAGCAAUUGUUGAAGAAUUUGUAUGAAAGGAUAGUGGUACUGGAACAGCAAAACAGAGAACUCUCCAUUACUGUAUCUAAUCAGAAAACUCAACUUACUACCUUGCAAACUUCUCUUAGGUUCAAUCAAGAAGAAAUGUUUUUGCGUAGUUGUAAUGGUGUUUAUAUUUGGAGAUUACAUUCAUUUCAUGAAAAACUUAAAAGUAUGAUGAAUGAUCAAUUAAAAAUGUUUUACAGUCCUGGUUUCUACACUAGUCCUAAUGGUUAUAAAAUUUGUGCUAGAAUUAAUAUAUCCUCGAAGGAUCCAGAAUUUCUGUCACUACUUUUACAUAUAAUGAAGUCAGAAAAUGAUGAUGGUCUAGAUUGGCCAUUUAGUGGUAUAAUGCACUUUAUUUUGGUGCAUCCACAUGAUUGUGAAAAAGAUAUACGGGAAAUAACUUCGUCGAGACCCGAUCUAGAAGCAUUCAGGAAGCCAGUUUGUGAAUUAAAUAAACGAAGUUUCGGUUAUACAGAAUUCGUUCGAAUACGAGACUUAUCCAAUUUUUUGCAAAACGAUCGCUUAAUUUUUAGAAUCGAAGUUCGUGUCCAAGAUCGGAUUGGAAUAUCAAUGUAA